AUGUUUAAAAUUACAUAGACUUAAAUUUUAGAAUGGGUAAAAGAUGGCAACGCUGAAACCCUUAGCACAUUCUUUGAGUCAAGUCUCCAACAUAAUUAAAUAGGAUUGAACUCAUUUUUCAAGAUGGUUGACCAAGAAAAGCGAAAUGUAGUUCAUUGGGCUGCAUAUUUAGGAUAAUUUGCAUUAUUAGAAAAAUGGCUAUAAUAAAAUUCAUAAUUUAUUGAUUUAAAUCAAGUCGAUUUACAUCAUUAUACAGCGAUUGAACUAGCUAGCAUAAAAGGGUAAGUAAUAUUAUUUCUAUGAAAAGUUUUAUGAAGGAAUAUAAUUCUUAACUUUAGUUUAAGUUAAUAAAGUUGCUUGUUGAUCAUUAAGCUAAAAUGCCUAUAGAAAACAAGUAUAAAAGAGCCAAUCCAUUACAUUGGGCAUAUUAUUAUGGAAAUGAAAACUUAAUUGAAUUCCUCCUAUGUAAUUACCCAGAUUUGCAAUAUUAAUUAGACUAAUUUGAAAUGUAUCCAAUUGAUUAUUUAUUUUUGGAAAAUCGACCAGAAGAAUAUUAGUAAUUUUUAUUCAUAAUUUUUAUAGGAAAAACUACAAAAAAAUAUUUGCAAAUACUGUUUAAGAAUAUGCUCUUUAAAACAAUGGUUAUGAAUUUAGAAGUAUUAGAAAUUUAAAUACGCAAAGAACAAUUGCAUAAAGAUCCUAAUCUUUAAAAUCUAAUCAUUUAGAUAAUCGUAUUACAAUCACUGAUUUAAAUUAACCUCAAUUAAAAGAACCAGCUAAUGAAUUAGAUAGUGUUGAUUAAGAAAAAAUUAAUUAACAUUUAUAAUGUGGAUAAACAGCUAUGACAUUAAUGUCUAAAAUGUAAUAAACUGGUACAUGUUAAUAAAAAAGAGAUUCUAUUAGUUCCAGAAUCAGUUAAUAAUUUAAAUUAAUUUAAGAGAGAAUGAAGAAAUUACCGAAUAAGAAUGUUUAAAAUGAAUUACCAUUUGAAGACUCUUAAUAAGAUUUACAUGAACCAGAGGCUGAGAAGAUUCCUUCUCUAAAAAUUCUAUAACCAAGAAAUACAAUUUUUACAAAUCCUAAUUGUAAUAUAACUGAAAAUAUUGAUAAUCCUUGCACUUCUAAAAAUGAAUUAGAAAGUGAAAGAAAUCAGUAGAAAGUAUUUUUGUAAUAAGAUGAAGAAUUUGGUAGAUUAUUUAAAACUAAUAAUAUACCUUCUCGAUCUGAAUAAUCAAAGUAUUUACCAUCUCAAUAUUAAUAAUCAUAAGCCCCAUCUUAAUUUGGAAGAUAAUUAUCUUAAGAUAUUCAAAUCUCAUAAGAUGAUUUUAGACCUUCAAUUAAAGAUUUUUCAAGAAUUAAAUAAAUGCGACCUUCAUUAAAAAAACCUGGUUAAAAGUUAUUAAAGAGAAAAAGUACAAUUUUAAAAGAAACAUAUACAGUUUUUCAUUAUGCAAAAAGUUAAACAAAAAAAUAAUUAUUUCAAUGUAGAUUACAAUUUUGGUCAGCAAGAAUAGAAGCAACAGAAUUCUUUUAAUAUUUUUUAAAAUAGAAGUGCAAUCCAUUUCUAAUUUAAUAUUAAGGAUUUAAUUGUUUGCAUAUAGCUGCUCAUAAAGGAAAAUAUAAAAUUCUUAAAUUAAUCUUAGAAGCUGAUUAUGAAUAUUAAGAAUUUAAAGAUCUUUAAUAAUUACAUCGUUCAAUAAAUGUUGUAUAAUUUACAAAAACAUUAAUAAAAAAAAACAUUUUUGAUAAGGUAAUUGUCAAUUAAAUCAUUCUAGCUAGAAGCUUUUAACUUGAUGACAUAGUAGAAUCCUUCUAAUGCAUUGCAUUUAUCAACUGAAAUUAAUAAUCUUGAUUGUAUUUAAAUAUUAUUAGAGAAUGGUGUUUCAAAAAAUGAAUUAAAUUAUAGAUGUUUGAUGCCAAUGGAAUUAACAUUCGAUGAACAAAUGGUUAAUUUUUAUGAAAAUAAAGGGAAAGAACAAAGCUUUAAUUUGAUGGGUUUCAUAUAUGUAAUUUAGACAUCUGGAAAUCAAGAUCUAUGUUAAGAUAUUGUAUUAUUGUAAUUAUAAAAUAUCAGAGAGACAUUUGAAUAACGUAAUAUGGAAUUUGAAUUUUUUAUAAUAAAUACACCAAAUUAUAGAUAUUUACAAGAUGGAAGAGAACAUUGUGUGAAACAUCGUUAUUAUAUAAUAAAGUUAUCAUAAGAUACAAUUUACAAGUUGGCAGAUAACUAUUAGAUUGAAUGCUAUCAUUUUACAAAGAAAGUAUCAUUCAAUUUAACUGAAAUAGCAUUUGACAAAAUUUUAAUAUAGUGACUAAGGGCAUUAUGAAUUUCCUAAACCAUUACAAUUAUAACAACUUAUAAUAAAUGUUUUAAAUGAAGAGUUUGAUUUGGAUAAGUUUGUUUUAGAAGGUUUAGUAGUUUCCCAUUUCCCAUUAGAAGAUAUUAAGAAAUCUCAAUAAGUAAAUUAAUAAUGGAAGAAACUUCAAUAUGGUUGCAUUAGAGAUACUAUUAGAAUAAAGACACAUUAGAUAGCACUUGCACCGUUAAAUUUAAUAGCAUCAUAUUAUGGACCUGUAAUUGCAUGGUACAUAGCAUUUAAUGUUUAAAUAGUUGGAUGGCUAAUAAUACCUGCUUUGGUAGGAUCAACGAUUUAAUUAUAUUAAUUAAUAGCUGAAUAAAUACAGUAAAAUAUAAAACAUAUAUUAAAAGCGCUUCAAUUUUACCUUCUUAUGCUUUAUUUAUGUCUCUUUGGGCUACCUUAUUUAUGGAGAAGUGGAAGAAUAGAGAAUCAGAACUCAAAUACCUUUGGGAUAUGCAUAAGUUUAAACAAUAAGAACCAUAGAGAGUCAUGUAUACAGGACUAUAUCAUGUUGAAAAGUGUACAAGAAAAGUAGAAGUGUACGAUUCUUUUACAACUUUUAAGAGAAGAUUGAUUGCUGAGUUUCCUAUAAUUUUAUUAGGAUUUACAAUAAUAUUGGUGAGCUUUCUGGCAUUUAAUUAAUGGUAAUAAUAAUAAGAUCCUUAAAAUGUGUAUAUGCCUAUAAUAAUAAAUUCAUUAAAUGGAGUUAGUAUGACUGUUUUAUGUGAUUUAUAUAAAAGACUAUGUAAAUUUGUGGUAAAUUGGGAGAAUCAUAGAUUUAGUUCAGAAAUGUAGCAUUCUUAUGUUUUAAAAGUAUUUUUAUUUGAAUUUUUGAUAUCUUAUAUUUCAGUAGUGUAUGCUGUUUUAUUUAAGACAGAUUAGACAUAAUUAACAUUGUCUAUAGCGAGCAUCAUUAUUACAAGAGGUUUGAUUUCUAAUUUAUAAAGUAAUUGUUUACCAUUUUUAAUAUAUAAAUAUUUAAAAUGGGGAAUGCAAGGUUAAUUUAAUGCAUUUAAGGCUUUAAAACAAUAAUUCAAGAUUUGUGAUAUGUAGUAUGUAAGAGAGAAAUUAGAUCCAGAUAAAUAACUUGAAUUAUUACAGAUGAUGGAAGAUAGUAAUAAUAAGUAGCCAUAGAAGGAUUUGUAUGAGGAGUAUACAAAUAUAGCAAUAUAAUUUGGAUACACAACAAUGUUUUCACCUGCAUUUGCUGCUGCUCCUUUAUUUUUUUUGUUGUAUCAAUUUAUUAAUUUGUAAUUUUCGAUUUCAAAUUAUUAAGAAGUUUUAAAAAGAGAAGUAAGAUAUUAAAAUACUAAAGAGAGCAUAAGCAGCAGACUCGAUUGGUAUUUGGUUGUCAAUAUUUGAAAUAAUGAAUUAUUGUUCUACAUUUAUGAAUUGUUUAGUGAUAGGGAUAGUAAAUAAAGCAGAGUUUUAAGGAUUAAUAGGGGAUAGUAAUCCUUUAAUAUAAGUAUUAGUAUUAGCAGCAAUUGAACAUAUAUUAUUAUUAAUAAAAUACAUAUUAGGAAUAAUGAUACCAGACUGUCCAUAUUGGGUAUCAAAAGAAUUAAGAAAGUAUGCAUAUUUUGAGGGAUAAAGUGCAAAAGAGUGUUUAGAUAUUGAAGAAUCUAUUGCAAAAUAAGCAUAGAUUGAUGAUGAUAGAUAGAUUAUUAUUUGA